AUGAAUCACAUAAAUCAAGGCUUAAUAAGAAGCACUGCUUCCAGAGAUGAAAAGAAUACAUUUUCAACAGAUUCAAUCAAUUUUCCAAAUAAAGCUGAGGUGUUAGAGAAGAAACAUAUUCAUGAUGAAGAGUACACCGACUUGCUUAAAAAGACUUUGUCUCCAAGUUCAUCAGCAGAAAGCUCCUUAAAGAGAGAUUUUUAUUGCAAUGAAAAAUAUUUCUCAGGAAAUGAGUGUAGUCAUCAACCUUCAGAGGAAAUUACUUCAGAUAUGAGAAAAAUCAAGCCAUCAUUGGAAAAUACUGGUAGUGAUGAAUUAGUGCAAUUACAUGUUAGCAACAAAGAAGUAUUGGAUGAUGAUGCUAAUCCAGCUGAAAAGAGAAGCAGAGUACAAAUAUCUUGUUGCUCCUCAGAUCAACUAAUGAGAGAUAACCUUACUAAAAAGGAUGAGGGAGCAGCUAUGAAAAUUAAAAUGAAAGAUUGGGAAUGUUUAAGAAGAGAUUUCCAUUCAGAUUUCCAUUUGGAAGAAUCAAUAGAAAAAGGAACUUCCAAGAAAGGUUAUGGGAAUGGUAAGAGUGAGGAGCAAAGAAUACAUCUAGGUGUUAACGAAGAACAAAGCAAAAAUUUUCAAUCAAUCUUAUAUGACCAAGAGAAGAUAAGCCUCUCUGAAAUAAAUGUGAAAGAGAUUGGAGCUAGUAGCAGAGAGCUAACUGUUCUGCAGAGUAAAGACACAACUCCCAACCAGGCAAUCAGAGCAGAUUUGUUUCAAUCACCAAGAAGAAACCUAAGAUGGAAUAAAGCUGUGUUAACAACCAAAGAGCUUGAUCUCUCGACUAGUAAAGGCACUACUUCAGGAGAGACACCUGGUCAAGUUUGUUCACCCAGAAAUGGAAAUAUUUUGAGGAAUGAUCACCUUUUCCAAGUUGAAGAAGGAAAUUUAGGUAGUAUUAAUCCUGAAUAUCUGAAUAAGAACAAACAGCAAAAACAACUAUGGAAUUUUCUGGAAAGUCAGGGAAAAGCAAGAGAGAGUAAAACAAAUACAGUCCAGCAGAUCAAAGAACAUGCAGAUUGUGAAGACAUGUGGGAAAAAAGAGAUAAUACAAGGAGUUUUACUGCUACUCCUACAGAAAAAUUGUUUACCUGCCAAGAAACAGUGAGCUAUGAACCAUCCUCUCUAGCUGAUCAUGAUAUUACUGAAAAAGUAGAAGCAGGUACAGCUUAUAUAAUUAAGACAAUAUCAGAAAGUACUCUAGAAAGCAUGUGUGCCAGAGAAAAAGCAAUGAUUGCUCAGCUACCUCAAGAGACAGCACAAAGUGGCAGGCCCAUUGAAGUAAAGGAAAUAGCGUUUGAUCCACAUCAAGGGAGAAAUGAUGAUUCACAUUAUACCUUUUGUCAAGGAGAUACAGUAGGUGUAAUCUAUGAUAAUGAUUUUGAAAAACAAUCACAUUUAGGUAUCUAUAAAGCACAUGUAGAUGAAAUUGAGAGUGAAGAAACCAUAUCUAAGUACAAUCCUGCGAAGACACAUGACAGGAAGAAACUUGGCACUGGAAAUAUAACAUCUGUAGAAGAACCCUUACAGGUCAUUAGAAGCAAUCAAAAAACAGCCUCAAAACUGAAUUUGCAUUUGGGAAUGUUACCAAAAGACAAAAAUAUAUUUCCAGAAAAUAGAGAUCAUGGGCAGGUCCAAGAAUUAUCAAAGGAAAUGGAUAUAGGUGCCAUUAUUCAUUCUGCUUUAAACUCAGACACUAAUAAAGUGUCUGAGAAUGGCUCUCAUGUUUCCAAUCACCAUGCUAAAACUUCAGUGUCAUCUCAUGAACAGGCAAUUGCUGUAGAUAAUACAGUUACUACCAUGUCUCUCCAAUCAGAAUAUAAUUGUAAUCCAGCAAGUGAAAUCCAGGGUAUUGAGAAAUACCUACAUCCUGGGGAUACAACUGAAGAAGUUUCCAAAAGUUCAGGAAUAGUGAGAUCAGUUAGUAGAAGAGAAAGACAUAUAGGUCAGAUUUUUCAGGAAGGAGAAAGCAAUGUGAAAAAGUGUUUAGGGCCAACAAUUUUAAUCACUGAAGCUGUUGAAAACAUAGAAAAAGCAUGGCAUAAAAAUGAAGGAUUACUAAACUCUGGACAGUCACCAUGUUUUUCAGGUGACAAGGAAUCUGAGAGCUCUGCUUCUGCUAAUCUCCCUGCCCAUGAAAGUCAAGCUCAAAGCAAUGAAUCUCUGCUUUUGAAAUACACCAACUCAAAAAUACCUUAUUUCCUUUUGUUUCUGAUAUUUCUUGUAACCAUCUACCAGUAUGACUUAAUGAUCGGCUUGGCAUUCUAUCUUUUUUCAUUGUACUGGCUAUCUUGGAAAGGGGGUAGACAAAAAGAGUCUGUCAGAAAGAAGUAG